AUGUGUGAUAAGGCCUUCCACAGACUAGAACACCAAACAAGACAUAUCCGAACCCACACGGGCGAGAAACCCCAUUCAUGUCUGUUCCCAGGAUGUAACAAACGCUUUUCUCGUCUGGACGAACUCACGAGGCAUUCGAGGAUCCAUACGAAUCCAAACUCUCGCCGCAACAAGAACCUCCUGAAACUGCUGUCUUCGUCGUCUUCCUCCAUUUCCACAUCCGCUGCAUCCACAGCUCAACCGCUGGUGACUUCGCCUCAACGAAGCCCUGAACUCCAGUUUGCCCUGCCGCUUCUGCUUCUGUCGUCGUCGCUUCAGAACGGUCUGACGGGUGGUCUGAACGGCAUUCAGCUUCAGAAUGGUCAAAACGGCCCCUCAGCAUCUAACGGUACCAAGCUCCCUUCCGCUUCGGCUCAUCGUGUAUUCCUGGCUCCUACAAAGCAACCUUCCUCCAUAGCAGCACUUAUGAACGAAAGUGAAUCCAAGGAUCAAGCUGUGUCUGAACCACAGCCGCUUUCCGAGUCUUCCUCGUCCUCGGCUGCAUCUCUUUCUAAGUUGCACGCUAGCAGGUCAAACGAAUCCCUAGCGAGCCUGCCACCAACGGCAGAGGCUCCAGUGCCCGAAGUAAAGAAGGAAAUCAAGACAGAACCCAAAACUUCCCCUCCUGCUGCGGUCAGAAUCAGACCAAAGCCCAAACAACUGCGCUCAACCAUGAACAUCGACCUUUUGGCUUCUGCAGCUACUGAAGAGCUCAAGUCCUUGGAGAAAUUCUCCUACUCACAGCCUCCUUCCGUAGGCGAAGAUGCCCCUCCCAACUCCCGCUCGCUUCCGUCCUUAACAGACUAUUUCAACUCAGGCAAGGUCCACAAGUUUGCUGGCUUUGAUGCUUCCUCCUCCUCCAACAGCUUGCAGUAUCUUUCAAGCGUGGCACUUAAUUCCGGGCCUCACAGCAGCAGCUACACCACUCUUUCAAAGGCCCCCAAACUGCAUCUCAACACGCUACUGGCUCUUCAGAAGAUGACACCGCUCAACAAGUCUCAUGUGCAUCAGCCCACACCUUCCAGAAACCACAUCAUGGAAGACUCAGAUUUGGACUAUGUUCAGUCGAGACUUAAAAAGAGCAGAGCCAGCUCCCCCACGGGUAACUUCACCUUGCCCAACUCUCCAGUUCUUGGGCUUUCUACAGCGACAACUCCCAUAAUUUCCGCCAACAACUCUUCCACAAACUUAUCCAGCUUCUUCAUGACUCCAGUCAUGGGCCACCACAGCAAUGUGUCAAACAAUUCGACUUCGUCUAUUCUUGAAAGACAGACAUCGAACCCAGUUGCCAUUAGGCAGAUGAACACCACUCCUCCUUCUUCCACAGCUUCAGCUUCAGGAGAAAACGGUGAAUCGCCAAUGCAGGUGGAUCAGCCCUCGACAUCAACACAUUUACCGCCCUUGCGUAGCCUCAAGCUUGAUUUACCUUCUAACCUUACCAUGAAGGAAAGCAAGCCCUUGAGGACCACGUAUCAGCAGUUUCUGUCUGGGUCGUCGGAUGAGCUAAAGAGGGUUUUGGAAGAGUAA